AUGGCGCCUUCUCUUGCUUUGAUUCGUGCGCGGACAGAGGAGGUAUUUGGACGCAGGGCUUGCCUUUGGCAGCUCAGAGUUGCUGAAGCUUUUCUGCUCCGAGAUCGUGAUAUUAUUUGCAUUGCUGGGACUGGGAAGGGCAAAACUCUUACAUUCUGGAUGCCUCUACUAUUUGAUUCCACCAGUAUACAAGUCGUGAUUACUCCUUUGAAUUUACUUGGCGAACAAAAUGUCAUGGACCUCAAAAGAGUGGGAAUUUCAGCUAUAUCUAUACACACAGACACUGCUACAGCACAUAACUUUCAGGCAAUAGAGAACCUCGAGUAUCGAGUCGUCGUUAUCAGUCCUGAACAGGUUAUGAAGGAUGGCGGAGGAUUCAAGAGGCUACUCAAAAAUCCUUUGUUUGUGUCACACCUGAUGGGUGUGGUUAUAGACAAAGCUCAUUGUGUCAGCUCAUGGGGAGAAUUUCGCCCAGAAUACAAGGAGCUUGGUAGACUAAGAUUCAUCCUCCCCCUGGACAUACCAUUUCUUGUGACGUCUGCGACUCUCUCCUCGUCCAUGCUGCAAGAUGUCACCAGACUUCUCCAUCUACAGAGCGGGGACAAACUCAUCACUAUUCAUCGAAGUAUAGAUCGGCCAAAUAUAAAUAUUGGAGUAAAGCCCAUCCAGGGAACAUACCAAAGCUUUGCAGACCUCGCGUUCCUCAUUCCCGACCAGUGGAAACUCAGAGACCCACCCCCUCCUAAGUUUCUCAUCUUCUUUGACAAUAUAAACAAUUAUAUUGAGGCCGCAAAGUUGCUGCGGUCGCGUUUGCCACAAGAAUGUCAAGAUAAGGUCAAGUGGUUUAACGCUGACAUGACGACGCACUUUAAACAAGAUGAGGUGAAGAAUUUUACUGAAGGAAUCACAUGGGGGUUUUGUACAACAGAAUCCUUUGGAAUGGGUAUUGAUAUCAGUGAUAUUCGCAUUGUGAUUCAGUGGCGGGCAACGUGGUGUUCGCUGGCUACUAUAUGGCAGCGCUUUGGUCAUGCAGUUCGAAAUAUGUCGUUGGAGGGGACUGCGAUACUAUUUGCUGAGAAGGAGUACUUUGAUGUAUAUAAAGCAGAGAAAGAGAAACGGAGAGUGGAGCGAGCAAAAAGAAAGGUUACAUCUUCAAAGAAAUGGCGCAUCGUUACUACCGGCGAAAAUGGUCCUGUUGCCGCCGUGAACAUUCCAACAGGAGAAGAGAGAUCUGAUGGAUCUGAUGACGAGAUAGAAAUUAGCAGCACUCACGUUCAACAAACUCACGCCGGUGAUACAAUGGAUACCUGGCAAUUACGGGCGAAGAUGGAGGUGCCUAGAGAAACAAAUAUUAGCCAGCCUCAACGGAAGACCUCCCAACAAACUGGACUUGAGCCAGCUAUGGACUACUUCAUUAACGCUGAUAUGCGUCCUGGGAUUGGUUGUCGUCGUAAGAUACUGAACGUGUUUUUCAAGAAUGAGGAAGCGGAAGCUGAUCAUCACCAAUGCGAUGCUCUUGAGACCCCGGGUUGUCUUCGGUGUCUCAUCACACAGUCCAACAUCUGUUGCAAUAUUCACACUCCAGCGUAUUUUGUCCCAUUCAUCUCCACAAUCCCAAAACAACAAAAACAACCUUCACGCUCGCGCCUUGUCAAGUUUUCUAUGGCCAUCCUUGAUUUGAAGCUGACUGAUGCGCUUGAUGACUGGCGGGAGGAAACAACUAUCAAGCUCUAUGGCCAUGCUCAUUUGCAUGAUCUUGGACCUGGGCUCAUAAUGCCUAAUAGUAUUCUAGAUCCCAUUGUUGAAUGCGCGCAUUUUUCCAAGAUCAGAUCCACAGCCGACUUGGUCAAAGAAACUCGUUGGUCAGGAGCCAACAAACAUGGAGAUGAGAUUAUCGCAUUGAUUCACCAAGUCUGCCCACUUCCUACGCCCUUGACAUCAGCCCUGCUACAGCCUCGUACAAUCUUGUCAAAUGCUAAUGCAAGUACAUCGGUCCCUCAUAAUGCGAAACGAAAGAUGUGA